AUGCCUCAGGCUUCUAUGACCUACGACCCAUCGGGUGACGAGCGCACGCUGGCUCGGGAGCAGGAGGGCCUAGUGAGCGGGCGCAUGCAGGAAGCCAGCGGCCAGGGCAAGGUGGUCAUCCGCACUGUGGCUGCCAUUUCGGGCCUGGCCGCAGUCCUUGCGGUCUUCCACUUCGGCAAUGGUUUCGGCACCGUCCUCCGCGGCACGAAGAGCCAGAUGGCAUCCCCGAUACAGUUGGAAGAGAGUUGCGACCGUGCCGCUGACAAGGUGCAGCUCAAGGAUGUCAUUGAGCAGCGUGGCUUUCCGCUGUGCGUCAAGGUGGCCGACGUCCACAUGCCGCCCCUGCAUAAGAAAGACGACAGCUUGAAAGACCUGGACAUUAUCCGGCAUGGAUGGGGCUACACGUGCCCUGUGGCGAAGAUCGGGGUCUUUACCACGUGCUACGAGGUGAAGUGCGAAAAGAAGUCUGUGCAGGAGAUGGGCGAGCACGCCGCGGACCUGGCCCAGAAACAUGUUGGCGGCUUGAUGAGUUCCUUGAGCGAUGCCCUCACGGGCUCCGAUGACAAGGAGGAGAAGGAGAAGAAGAAGAAGGAUAAGGACAUGCCCGACACCGACCUGGGCGCGACCGUGAAGAGCGCGUGGAACUCGAUGCUGAGCGACUCUAACGAGAAGGACGUUUGCAUCGGUAGCCGGAAGGUUCACGUGUGGCCUGUUACUGAAUGA